AUGUCUACGCCAAACACAUCGUUGUCUCGGGCGUCCUCUCGCGCGGGUACACCGAUAUCGUCGCCGUCGCGUCUGGCACCCCCGCAAGUGCAACCUGCGCCUUCGGUGUAUUCCCGAGUCUACAGCCAUGGGACAACCUCAACACUGUCCGUGCCGACCUCAGGUCAUCCAUCUUCAGAGCUUCGAGUUCAUAGCUCGAGUUCAUCUUCCCUGAAUGUUGACUCCUCCGUGGCUGGGAGCAUGCUCAUCGAGGAUCCCGAUCCAGACUUGGAGCCAGCUGAUGGAGAGGCAGAAUCCCAUAAUGAGAGACACAAUUCGCAUGCGGAAGAUGAAGAGUCGAAACAGCAACUCCGCGAGCAGCUCAGACACACUCUGAGCAUGCGGGAGCCUUCGGAUGUGGACGACUAUCCUCCUAGACAGUACUUUGUCCUGACAGAAGCAGGAAAACCAGUGUUUGUGAGUCAAGAACAAGACGAAUCCUCUGAGAGUCUGACAUCUACCAUUGGAAUCAUGCAAGCGCUAGUGUCUGUCUAUCUGGAUGACGGAGACAAGCUACGCUGCAUAAAUGCCGGCAAAACACGCAUCUCUUUCCUCCUGCGUCCUCCUUUAUACUACGUCUGCGUGUCGUCUUGGGGAGAACCUGAGUCUGUGACUCGUUUCCACCUUGAAUAUCUACAUCUGCAGAUCCUCAGCGUCAUUUCGGCAGAGCAGUUGCGGCGUAUGUUUGAGCGACGAGCCAACUUCGAUUUGCGACGACUUCUAAGCGGGGCAGAACCAUUCAUGCAUUCGCUAUUGGCAAGGUUAGAAUGGGAUCUUGCCAUGACCACCUUUUCAUUGCACUGUCUUAAGGUGGAGCCUGUGCUGCGAAAGAGCAUUGCGGAUGUACUGGUGCCGACAUCCAAAAUCAAGGAUAUACUGUACGUGAUCCUGAUAGCUCAAGAACGAGUUAUCACACUGGUCAGGCCAAAGAAGCAUUCCAUACACCCAUCAGAUCUCCAUGUUCUCAUCAAUACUAUUCACGCUCCCUCCAUUGUCAACUCUUCCGCGGCUGCCUCCUGGCUUCCUAUCUGCCUGCCAAAAUUCAAUGCUUCCGCGUUCGUCAACGCAUACGUGAUGUUUCUGCAUAGAGAAAACGAACCGUCAAUAUCACCCAGGUCGAGCAAGAGUGACAGCCAGAGUGUCUCUGCCCAUGAUGAUGAGCAAAGACCGGACAAUACAAGUGCAAGUACCGGUGCAGAGGUGAAUGUCACGCGCAAACUUUCACCUGAGGUAUGCCUAGUUUCUGUGAGCGGCAGUGCGAACUUCGAAGCAGUUCGGAGUUGGUGUGAUAGCAUUGCGACCCGUUUGAAACAGGACGGAUUGUUCAGAGCUCUCGUCGAUGCAAUAGACCGAGGCAAUACUGAAUACUCCGUUGGAGAUCUUGGCAUCCCUGGUUUGCGUCAUUUUGUAUACAAGUCCCGGUCCCAUGUGCAAGUGACAAUGCCGCUUUAUGAGGAUCCUUAUGAUAAACCAAACGAGAAGCGACGGCUCAUCACUCUCUAUCAAACGCUCUAUGACGCGAUUCAUGCCAAAUCAGGUCAGGCCAGUACGCUCAAGUUGCAGUACCUUCGUACGGAGCGAGAGGGUGUGAUGGGCUGGAUUACACAGCAGUACGAACUCUACCUUGCGCUGUCUCCGCUUCUACCGAAGAGUGCUGUUAUGAACGCUGCCAAUGCGGUGGCGCGCUGGGUGCAGAAGGAAGAGAGGCGGCUGUUCUUACUAGACGCUCCGGUGUUCUAA